AUGUCCACCCUGCCACUCAAGGCCGUCUCGAGACUAUGGGGCCGCUUCAACGAGAUUGACAUUCCAUACUACCUACGAGUUCCUGGCUUCAAACUCUACUCGUGGAUCUUUGGCGUCAACCUCUCCGAAGUAUCUGAACCCGACCUGCACGUCUACCCCAACCUCGCCGCUUUCUUCUACCGCACCUUGAAACCUGGGGUACGCCCACUUGACCCCAACCCGAAUGCCGUCCUCUCGCCCGCCGAUGGCAAGGUCAUCCAGUUUGGAACAAUCGAGCAUGGCGAGGUUGAGCAAGUCAAGGGUGUCACCUACAGCCUCGACGCUCUCUUGGGCUCCGUCCGCCCCACAAAGCCCUCCACAAACAUCGUAGACUCUCAGGUCAAAACCUCAGAUACACACGAGAAGAACGCCGAAGAGGAUGUCGUACGCGCAGACGAGGAGUUCGCUCGAGUAAACGGCAUAUCGUAUACCCUUCCUAAUCUGUUUUCCGGACCUUGGCCAAAGGAGGGAAAGCCCACCGACAUGCCCACCGACCAGUCGACAGCACCCAGGGCAUCUUCCGAGGCCGAAGUGCGUGCUGACCUUGCUUUGAGUGAAGCCGAGCGGCCCUGGUGGGCACCCGCGUCGAACAAGACACCUACUGCCCUGUACUACUGCGUCAUCUACCUCGCCCCUGGCGACUACCACCGCUUCCACUCGCCUGUAUCAUGGGUCGUUGAAAGCCGUCGCCACUUCGCAGGAGAGCUUUAUAGCGUAUCGCCCUUCCUCCAGCGCCGCAUGCCGGGUCUGUUCACUUUGAAUGAGCGCGUCGUCCUACUCGGUCGCUGGCGAUGGGGUUUCUUCUCUUACACUCCCGUUGGCGCGACGAACGUUGGCUCCAUCAAGAUCAACUUCGAUCGCGAGCUACGGACCAAUUCCCUGACCACCGAUACCGCGGCAGAUCGCGCGGCUGAAGAAGCUGCGGCGCGUGGAGAGCCCUACUCUGGCUUCGCGGAAGCUUCAUAUACUAGCGCCAGCAGAGUGUUGGGCGGAUACUCACUUAAGCGUGGUGAGGAGAUGGGUGGCUUCCAGCUAGGCAGCACCAUCGUCCUCGUCUUCGAGGCACCAAAGGGCAUCCGACCAAGUCUCGACGAGGGCUACGCUGGCCAUCGUAAAGGCGGGUUCAAGUGGAACAUUGAACAAGGCUCGACAGUGAAGGUUGGUGAAGCUCUAGGCGCCGUCGAAGAGCCGCAGUAG